AUGGCUGGAGACUCAGCUGCGACGGCCUCGGAAGAGGAUCCAUCUCCAUUCAACUUGCCUGCUCAAAUGAAAAGCGCCGAGACCGCCGCACAAGAUGCCUUGAAGAAAGCUGUUCAGAGCAUCAAAGCCUUGAGGUCACUUUCCACCAUCAACCUAUCUGACGAGUUCUCCCAGCUGUCCCAGCUCAUGGACGAGCUUUCCACGGGGGAGAAACCUCUACUACAAGGCACUUCAUCAGAGCACUUCGAGGGACAAGAGUCUGCGGCCCAGCAGGCCGCUUCUGGCUCGGCUGACUCAAAGUCUAGCUUCUUGGAACAUUUACUUGACACACUAAGACCCGAAGAUGGCAAAAAAGCAAAGGGAAAACACUUUUCUGCUGACAGAGAAAGUGAUCGUGGAGCCCCUUCAAUACAGGCCUUCUAUCGCAACAUUCCAAGUAGCUUGAGAAGAGCAGACGGAGGGUAUUCUGAAGAAGAUUUCAAAAUUGCCCACGCGAAUGCACAAAACGUCGAGAAGCCACUGAGAGUAUUGAUCAACUCACCUUAUCUUCUACAAGAUUUGGAACAGAUCACUGGCUUCGCACUGCCAAUUUCUGCUUUUGAGAUAAUCCCGCCAUUCAAAUUAUUGAUACAUCACUGGAAAGAUAUCAUAUCGACGUUGGAGAAACUCACACACAAGUAUGAUGAACUAUGCCAGCGACUGAAUACUUGCGUGCCUUCCGCAACAGAGAUGCCCUGUUCAGAUUCAUCAACAGAACAAGCAGCUGGUCUGACACUACAAAGCCCAUCAGCAAUGUCCAUCUCGGUGGAGGUCAGAGAAGUGAGCCCAACAGAGAAUGACAAACAAUCGAGCAGCAAUGAGGAACAUACAGUACGAAAAACACUUCCUGAGAUGACGAAUGAAAAGACCAUCCUUGAAAUUCGUAUUUCAAACCUUCGGUGUCUCUGCGAUUUCAUUCAGGCAGAUUUGGGCCAUCUCGUCGGGUUGAAGAUAAAGAUACAAGAAGGCUCGGUGGAGAAAGUACUCUUUGAAGAGGUGUAUCAUCUUUAUAACCCAGGCGACCUCAUCGUUGGUCGAGAGGAAGAUGUUGAUCUGCUCUACCAAGUUUACGCCGUUACAGGCGGCCGAAGACGAUUGUACAAAGCGGCUCUUUCGACUGCUUACAAACCACCAGGUGAAGAAUUGGAGGCUGACGACUCACCAAGAGCCGGCGUGGGGACUUACACAGAUGUAGUCAUUGAUUGUCUUCUGCUACACUGGGACGGCGUGAGGAUUGGCCCUCAACGUAUCACCUAUCGCAUCCCGCAUUUUACAGGCGAGAAAAACAUUGUCGAUCUCGACUACUUUCCAGCUCACUUUUGUAAGGAUAGUCAAGAGCUCUGUGAGCGGUUGCUGGUACGAGGGAAGAAAGUGACCAAAUGCUAUGGCCACCAGAAAUAUGACGCUCAGACCGCCACGGCCAGAUUACAACAGACUGUAUUGAGUAAUUACGCACACCAGCGAGGAGCCCCGCUUUCGCAAGUGCGGUACGACAUUCCGGAUUACGACGACAAAGUAGGAGCUCCUGGGCGCGAUCUGGAUAGCGAUGUUUACGUGGACAGCAAAACAUUCUGUCAGUCGUUCUCGCCAUUUAGGAACGAGUCGUUCCGUCUUGGGCGGACUCGGCCGUCCACACGAGAGGUGACCGAAGGGUACGAGUUUGCAAGUGACUCUGAUAUAAACGUGGUCGCGGAUCAUGACGUGGAUGUGGCUCGCUCAGAAAAUUUCUUGUCACGGAAUUUUCACCUCACCCAUCCCCAGCGACUGGAGGACUUGGAAGGGAAAGAGGAGUGUCUUAUGCUAUUAUCCGAGUGCGUACCGGCUUUUGACUUUCGUCAGCGAAAAUGGGAUUGGGUAAGUGUGGACAAGCUGGAAAAGAUUGACAAGACACAGGACGCUAGACGACGUGCCUGGCAAGAUCUGGUUAUAGAAGAAGGCUAUAGCCAAUUGCUGCUAUCGCUUGUUGACAAUCAUACGUCGGCAUACGAUCACAAGAAGAAGAAGAAUGCUUCGGGUUACAGCGUUCCAACCUCCCAAGUUGACUUGAUCAAGGGAAAGGGCCGUGGUCUGAUUCUGCUUCUCCAUGGUCCACCCGGCACUGGCAAGACCUCGACGGCUGAAGCGAUUGCUGCUUAUACCGGGAAACCACUAUAUGCCAUCACAUGUGGUGACAUUGGUGUCCAUGUAGGAGAGGUUGAGAAAAACCUUCGAGAGCAUACAGAGCAGGCGACAAAAUGGGAUUGCGUACUGCUUCUCGAUGAAGCAGAUGUCUUCCUGGCGAGAAGGACAUGGUCUGAUAUGGAUCGUAAUGCAGUCAUUUCUGUAUUCUUGAGACAUCUUGAGUACUAUAGUGGCAUCUUAUUUCUUACCACCAACAUUGUGGGAAUUAUUGAUGAGGCCUUCAAGUCGCGCAUACAUGUCGCUCUUCGAUACGACGCCAUAGAUGCCGUCUCAACGAAGAGGAUUUGGAAUAACCUUUUGGAUCGAAUCGCCAUGGACAAUGAGACCUCAGACGUCAAGAUUGAUUUCAAGAAGGACAAAUUGCUCAAGUUUGCAGUAUCCCACUACAAGAAGUACUCCAGCGACGGAACCACCUGGAACGCACGCCAAAUCCGCAACGCAUUCUCAACAGCCAUAGCCAUGGGGCAGUACGAUAGAAUGGAGCGAAUCCGGAGGGCAGGCCUGACACCAGAGCAAGUGGUCGCAUCAGGAAACCAAGGUCUCAUGACUAUCAAGUUAUCAAAAGGUAACUUUGAGAAGGUUGCGGAUACCGCGACUGAAUUUGAGGAGUACAUCAAUGCUGUCCGGGGUGAUGAUGUCAAGAACGCAUUGGAAAACCAGCAACGAGACGACUACUUUACGCAACAGCUUGCACCGCAGCCGAGAAAGACCCGCGGGGCACCUGUCGCCUACUUUGAUCCGGAUUUCAAGUCUUCGAGAAGUAAAAGGCCACCAACCAAGCCUCUUGAUUCGGAUGAAGAGUCGGAUAUUCGUAAGGCGUCAAGUCAUCAAGGCAAGUCCAGGCAACGUAGAGAAAGGGAUUCUGACGACGAGGAUGGUUCUGAUUCCUCGGAAGGCUUGAGUGAUUGA